UGCCGGGCGCGGGGCCGCCCUAUCGGAUCCGCCCGGGUCCGGAGCGUCCCUUCCCAACCCUGGGCAGCCGCCCGUCUGGCCCGGCGCGCACUCGCUUCCCGGGAGGGCGGCCUGGGCCAUGGCGGCUGCGGCCCUGGCGAUCGGGGACCCCUUCGGCCCUGCACUCGAGCUGCUACCGGGACAGCCCGCACCGGUCCGGGCGCGCCCGGAGUUAGUGACCUUCGAGGAUGUGGCUGUCUACUUCUCUGAGAACGAGUGGACCAGCCUGGCUCCCACUCAGAGGGUCCUGUACAGGGAUGUGAUGCUGGAGAAUUAUGGGGCUGUGGCUUCCCUGGCAGCAGUUCCAUUUCCUAAACCGGCUCUGAUUUCCCAGCUGGAACGAGGGGAAGCACCCUGGUGCAAAGCUCCUCAGGGAGCUCUGGAUGGAGAGGGCCCGAGGGGCAUCUCCUCAGGAUGUCCAUUUCUAAAGCCUGCUGGAAUCUCCCAUCUUGAGCAGGUGGAAGAGCCAUUGAACCUGAGAUCGCAAGGAGAGGGUCCAAGCCUAAUCUGUACUGAGGGUGUGUUGAAAAGUGAGAAAGAAGAUUGUGCUCUGAAGAAGGAACAUUUUGAGGAGCCAAAGGACCACAUGGUGGUAUCACACAGACCUCGGUGGUAUGGUUCCCAGGAAUUCUGGUUUGGAAAAACCUGUGAGGAGUUAAAAAGCAGGUUAGGGAGAUGGUCUGACUACUCAAAUGGGAGAAGUGUGGAGAACACUGCAAAUGAUAUUAUAGAAGUGAUUGUCAAAGAUGAGAUGGUGUCAGGAGAAGAUAGUUCGGAGAACACUGAUGUGAAUACCCACCUUGUUAUCCAUCAGAAAAUUCUCAGUCAGCGGGUGUUCUAUAUAUGUGAAGAAUGUGGCAAGUGUUUUGAUCAAAAUGAAGACUUUGACCAACAUCAGAGAAUUCAUAAUGGAGAGAAAGUCUAUGGAUGUAAGGAAUGUGGGAAGACAUUCAGUUUUAGAUCACAUUGCAUUGCACAUCAGAGAAUUCACACCGGGGUGAAACCCUAUGUGUGUCAACAAUGUGCUAAAGCCUUUGUUUGGAAAUCAAACCUGAUUCGGCACCAGAGAAUACAUACUGGAGAGAAACCCUUUGAAUGUAAGGAAUGUGGGAAGGGCUUUAGUCAGAACACUAGCCUUACACAACAUCAGCGAAUCCAUACUGGGGAGAAACCAUAUACAUGUAAGGAAUGUGGGAAAAGCUUUACUCGGAACCCAGCCCUACUUCGACAUCAGAGAAUCCACACUGGGGAGAAGCCUUAUGAAUGCAAGGACUGUGGGAAAGGCUUCAUGUGGAACUCCGAUCUUGCUCAGCACCAGAGAGUCCACACGGGGGAGAAGCCCCAUGAAUGUACAGACUGUGGGAAAAGCUUUAUCUGCAGGGCACACCUUAUCCGACAUCAGAGAAUCCAUACUGGAGAAAGACCCUAUAAAUGUAAUGACUGUGGGAAGGCCUUCAGUCAGAAUUCUGUUCUGAUUAAGCACCAGAGGCGCCAUGCUAGAGAGAAACCCUGCAAUUGUCUAACCGCUCACUUUCUUGAACAUUAGCAAACACAUAAUAACGGUA